AUGGUCGUCCUCGAUGAGAUCCCUACCUCAGGCGUCGCGCCCGUCGCGUCCGCCCUCGCCGCGCCCGUCGCACCUUCCCUCGACCCCGGUCGCCGCGAGGAUCUCGGAACCGGCGACGCAAUCUCAGACGCGACCCGGGUGGAGGGUAACGCCAGGUACAAGCGGAAGGACUUCAAGGGCGCGGAGGAGCUGUACACCCUCGCGCUGUCUCAGGCGGAUCCCAUCAGCGAGCUCAUCCCGGCGAUCCUGGGCAACAGAUCGGCCGCGCGGCUAGCGUUGGGUCGCCUCGCCGACGCACUCGCGGACGCCGAGGAGAUGGCAUCGCAGUGCCCGGAUGGUCACGUGAUGGCGGGGAAGGCGAUGUACCGAAAGGGAAACGUGCUGGCGGCGAUGGGCCGGACCGAGGACGCGAGACGCGCAUAUCAAAACGCGGUUAGACUCACUCCGGACGAGAAGGCGAAGAAGCCCAUAUUGGCCAAGCUGCUGGUGGUAACCGAGGUCGCGGUGGUCGAAAAAAAGAAGGAGCAGGUCCAAGCCGAGCUGCACAAGCAACGCGAGCUGAUCAGGGAGACCAAGCAGUUCCACGAGUUCAACACGCAGGCCGGGGGCAAGCCACCGAAGGAGAGGUACACGAUGGCGAACCGGGCGCUGCGCGACGGCAAUAACGUCCGGGCCCUGAAGCUUUACGCGUCGGUGGAUCCCGCCGAGCUGGACGCGGGCAAGGCGCCUCAGUACUGGGGCAACGUCGCGCUGGCCCACGUCAGGAACAAGGAAUACCCCGAGGCGGUCGAGGCCGCGCGGCGGUGCAUCAAGGAAGAUCCCACGUACGCCAAGGGGAGGUAUAGGCUCGGCGAAGCGCUGUUGAAGCGGGCGCGGACGGCCGAGCAUGUCCUCCCGAACGUGCGCAAGGAAUGGGUCCGCGGCGCCAUCGACGAGGGUUUCAACGAGGCUCUUCGCCUCAAUCCCGACAUUGACAACGAGGAGACCAAGAGGUUGAUAUCGGACGGCGAAGUGUUGUUGCAGGAGCUGGACACGAUCACCGAGAAGAAGGACGCGGGGACUGUGGCGGUGGAGGAGCGAGAAGGUACGAAGGAUGAGGAGGAAGAGACCAAGGAGGGAUCAGAAUCGGGAAGCGCCGACUCGGCAGACUGGGUGAAGGUCUCGGAACCCAAGGAGCGCGGGCCGAAGAUUGUCUCUUUCGACGCGAUCACCUCCGACGACGAGGACCACCCUGAACGCAUCGCAUUCAUCGAGGCCAUGAAGGAGCACGGCUGCGUCUGCGUCAGGUUGCACGAGAAGCUCGUCGCCCCCGUCAACGUAUUCGUCGAGGCGGGGGCGAGCGCGUCCGCUUUCUUCAAGCUCAAGGGCGACAUGAAGGCCAAACACAAGCCCAUAGGUGGCUACGACCCACCGGCUCAGAGCGGCUACCACACGCGCACGGGGUUUCAUCACCCGAGGGACACGCGCGCCAAGUCCAUUCGCGGGGGCGGUGCAUCGUGCCUCAGGAAGGACGAGGAGGACCUGGAGUGCUUCGUCGUCGAGAACGAGUACGCGGCAGACUUUCCGUGGCCAAACGUGAAGUUCAAGGAGAGGCUCCUUGACGCUCACAUCACCGCCAGGAAGACCGCGAGCAAGUGUGGGGACGUGCUGUUGACCGCUGCGGACGUCAACGUCAUGGACCCCGACUUCGACAGGAAGGCCGAGAAGUGCGGGUUGAAGGCGAUGACGUGCAGGACCACGUUCGCGUGUCACCCAAAAAUUGACACCAACCACGGCAAGAGCAUCUCCGGCCAUGAUCUCCAGUUGAAGAGCCGCGGCCAGUUCAUGCACUCGGUGAACGUGGGAACGGCGGAACCCACGCUCGUGUCCAUCAUCCCCCGCGUGGAUGACCCCUCACGCGGUCGCAGACACUCGCAGGUGUACCUGGAAAUGCCCAAACGCGGCGGCGACGAGGGAUUGGAGAAGUUGAGGUGGCCCCCCGCCGGCCAGGAGGAGGAACUCAGGGACUCUAUCCUCGUCGUCGCGGGCGAGUACCUCAACCAGAUGACGGACGGAAUGUACCCCGCGCCAAGGGUGUGCUACACCCGACGUGUUCGCCGUGUUGCCAUCGAGGCGAGUUCGGAGUGGGCACCCCAGAAAACCGGGCGGGUCCGUGACACCUUCGUGUCGGGUUCAGCCGCGUCGGCGGUGAGUUUGGCGGUAGGAAUGAUGAGCAUCCACGCUCCCAUCGCGUAUGCCUUCGUGCCAAUUCGAGGGUGCGGCGACCCUGGCUCCCCGUACGAUACAGGGGUGGAGGUCGUUGAUCGAACCGCUGCGGGUACCACCGGGUGCACGAAGCUGUACCAGCCCGGGAGGGCGGCUGAGGCGAGGGCGGUGGCCGCGGCGAAAGAGGCGGCGGGAACGACGUCGGGCACGUCGGAGAGCAAGCGUGACAGGACAGGAGACGCACCGAUGUUCCUCCGUGUUGUUGGGCUCGACGAGCGAACUAUUCAAACUAAUCAGCGCAACCUGCCGACCAUGGAAGGCGCCGCCGAAGAAACCGUCGUCAACGAUACGGUGACCGUGAAGGGCACUGCGCUGGAGACGCGCGGGGAGGUGACGGCCACGUGCUACGACGCAUCCGGCACGCGCAUGGCGACGUGCACCACCGAGGGAGCCAUCCACGUCUGGGACCGCGUGGACGGCCCGGACGGAGCCCCGGGCCACUGGCGCCAAACCGCGGCGUGGGCCGCGCACAGAUCCGCGUGCCGCGCCGUCGCCUUCGCCGGCGCCGAGUUCGGCCGAUGCCUCGCGUCCUCCUCGGACGACGGCACCAUCUGCAUGUGGCGAGAGGGCGUCCGCGCGCCGGGAGCCGCCGCCGCCGCCGCCGCGACCGCCGCAGCAGAGGCUGGGUCGUCCGAGUGGGAGCGAUGCGCGCAGCUCAGGGAUUCCACCAAGCCCGUGUCGCACCUCUCCUUCGCUCCCGCCGACCACGGCCUUCAGCUCGCGGCCGCCGGCGACGACGGCGCGGUCCGCUUCUACUCACCCUCCGAUCCCCUCGCCCUCACCGGCUGGGAGCUGUGCAACGAGUCGGAGGCUCUUCGGCCCGGGGCGAGAUGCGUCGCGCUCGCGUGGCGCGGGCGCGGCGUCGACGAAGGAUCUCCGAUGGAACCCCAAUGGAACCCCGAUGUGCAUGGAUCUCGUGGACCACACGGAGGAUGGACCGGGGACGGGAUCACGGUGCCGCCCACGCUCGGCGUCGCCCUGCGUUGGCCCGACGCCGUCAACGCGGUGAGGGUGCUGUCAUACGACGAGGCGUCGAUGCGGUGGUCAAAUUCGGCGACGGUGUACGAGGGACCCGCGGCGGUGAACGCGUUGGCGUGGGCGCCCAAGACGAGGGCCGGCGACUUACACGACGUCGUCGCGGUGGCACUCGGCGCGGACGUGGGUCUGUUCCGCGUGGACACGAUGGGUUUGGGGGGUGACGCGUCGCUCGGGGACGCGGGCGGCGUCUCGUCGCUUGAGGCUACGCUGUCGCACCCGGCGGUUGUGCGGGUGUGCGACUGGAACGCCGUAGGGGACACGCUCGCGACGUCGGCGGAGGACGGGAGGGUGCGGCUGUGGGCGGCGAACGUGGCGACGGGAGCGUGGGAGGAGCAGGCGCAGCUCGUGGGGGAGUGA